UCGAGACUUUUCUUGCUUCCCUCAUGCAAUAAUGUAGACCACAAAAAGUUGGGAUUUUCUUACAUGAAAAAUCUAAAAGAAAUAAUAAACGACAUAUUUUAAUUCAGUUUCCAAGGAAGUUUGUCCAUCACAGACAGUAAAUGGAUCUCCGUCGACGUCGUCUCUGACCUAAUCGAAGCGUACAGACUUUUGGUGGGAUUGAGAAUAUUAAGAAGCGAGAAAGGUGUAUAAUUUUCUGUUUUUUCGGGUGAUUUGGGAAAGUCAUUCGCAGCUUGGUCAUUUGACUUUUGUCUCUUGUGGUUUUGGUGAUUCUUGGAACUGGACAGAUUCGUUUCAAUUUGAAGAGUAAUGGGGGAUGAUACAAGGUCUGAAGAAAAUUCUCCUCAGCAAUCGCUUCCUACAUCAGUAUUAUCUGAUCCAGAGAUGGAUCAGUCGAACAGUACUCAUUUGACAGCCUUAGAUGCCAAUGGGAAAACAGACAUUCCCGAAAUAGCCCCAUCCAAAGUUCCGGUCACUGUCUCAGAAGAAAAUAAAGAGCCAACAGGAACUCAAGAAAAUUAUACUAACAAUGACAUGACAGCAUUGGAGUCGAGUGAAGUGAAAAUAAUUGCAAGACCAACACCCGAGGAUGAUCAUUUGCCCUCGGAUUCAUCCCAAGUUGUUACAAGUUCCAAGAAGCAUCAAAAUUCCACUGUGCAAGCUAAAAUGUCGAGUAAUGUCACAUUAAACAGAGGUCAAAUUGACACAACAGCACCUUUUGAGUCUGUCAAGGCUGCUGUUUCCAAGUUUGGAGGCAUUGUCGACUGGAAAGCCCACCGUGUACAAACUGUUGAGAGAAGACAAAUCAUUGAACAAGAGCUUGAAAGGGCACAAGAAGAAAUCCCUUUAUACAAGAAACAAUCGGAAGUGGCCGAAGAGGCCAAGCUCCAGGUCCUAAAGGAACUCGACACCACAAAACGGCUCAUAGAAGAACUGAAACUCAACCUUGAGCGGGCCCAGACCGAAGAGCAGCAAGCUCAGCAAGACUCGGAGCUAGCGAAGCUACGACUUGAGGAGAUUGAGCAAGGCAUUGCUGACGAGGCCAGCUUUGCCACGCGGGCCCAGCUCGAGGUCGCCCGAGCCCGCCAUGCAACUGCCCUUUCCGAGCUCAAAUCCAUAAAAAACGAGCUGGAGCAGCUGAAGAGAGACUACUCCCUUGUCCUGAUCGAAAAGGACCUGUCUGUGAAGAAAGCCGAGGAAGCCGUUGCCUGGUCGAAAGAAAUCGAAAGAUCGGUCGAGGACCUAACAAUCCAGCUCAUAACCGCGAAAGACUCGUUGGAAUCUGCGCAUGCGGCCCACUUAGAGGCCGAGGAGCACCGGAUUGGGGCCGUCAUGGCCAAGGAGCAAGACAUACUCACUUUGGAGAAGGAGCUGAAGAACACGGAGGACGAGCUCGAGCAGAUGAAGAGGAAAAUCUCGGCCUCCCUUGAUCUCAAGUCGAAACUCGACAAGGCCUCUGUCCUGCUUCAGAACCUCAAGGAUGAGCUGGCAGUCUACAUGGAGUCCAAACUCGAACAGGCAAAACCGGACACCACAGACCGGAUGAACGUCGAGUCCGCCCUCUCUGAGGCCAAGAAGGAGCUCGAAGAGGUGAAGCUAGAUAUGGAAAAGGCGAAAAACGAGGUCAGCAUCCUGAGGGUGGCCGCGAGCUCGUUGAAGUCCGAGCUCGAGCGGGAGAAAACCGAGCUGGCCGCCAUACGGCAGCGGGAGGGUAUGGCGGAGAUCGCCGUCUUGUCCCUCGACUCCGAGCUGCGGAGGACAGAAACGGAAAUAUCAAUCUUGCGGAGGAGAGAGAAGGAAGAGAGAGAGAAGAUGAUGGAGCUCCCCAAGAAGCUUCAGGAGGCGGCCCUGGAGGCUGACGGGGCGAAAACAGUCGUGGAGAGUGCUCGGGAGGAGCUCAGAAAGGCUCGGGAGGACGCUGAAGGGGUUCGGGCUGGGGCUGCCACUGUCGAGAGCCGACUGCGGGCGGCCCGGAAAGAGAUCGAGGCGGCUCGGGCCUCGGAGAAACUGGCGGAGGCAGCCAUAAGCGCUUUGCUUGAGAGCGAGUCGGAUGAGGCAGUUGGUGGAGUGGCACUAUCACUGGAGGAAUACUAUGAGCUCAGCAAGCGGGCCCAUGAGGCUGAGGAGCAGGCGAACGCGCGAGUGGCGGCUGCACUGUCUCAGAUUGAGGUGGCAAAAGAGUUAGAGGUGAAGAGCCUGAGAAAGCUGGAGGAGGCCGAGCAGGAGAAGGCCGAGAGGCAAGCUAUCCUUGAAAGGGCGUUGGAGAAGGAGGAGAGGGCCAAGGAAGGAAAACUCGGGGUCGAGCAGGAGCUUAGGAAAUGGAGGAAGGCGGCUGGGGCUGGGGGGCACGCUGGAAGUUUGAAUAAAUCUCCGAAAAUGAGUUUCGAAGAGAAAUCUGAAUCCAAGAAUUCCGCCAGCACUCCCAACUCAUCUGCUUUGCCCGUGUUGAGUCCGAGAUCGUACACGAGCUAUUACACGGAAACUGAUACAUCCCCAGAAGUUAGAGUGGCGAAGAAAAAGAAGAGAUCUUUGUUCCCCAAAAUAUUGAUGUUCCUCAGCAGAAAGAAGUCACAUGCGAUGUCUAAGAAGUCGUUUUCGUAAAAAAAUCGUGUCUGGUGUUGUGGGAACUUAUUUCUUUUCUUUCCUUUUUCCCUUUAAGUCGUUUUCUCGUGAAAAUUAUAUGUAUACUUGCCAUAAAAUUUGGUGCUUGGAUGUGUGUGUUGAGUAUGUGGUUCGUUUCUUGUUGGCAUUUAUAUUUGUACAGAGUAUUGUUUCGUGUACAAUAGUUUGGUCCAGAUUAAAACAAAUGUUUCUCAAAUGAAGCCGAGAAUAUCUUGUGGGGAAUGCUUCAUAGCUUGUUGUGGCUCACAGGGACAUGGUUAUGUAUAGCAUACAAACUGUUACUGACUUUAAACAAUUGAGUUUGUUUCUUUUUUUUCUUCCCU